AUAGCAACCCGGAGCAGCGCUUCCCUGGCUCUCCCUCUUUCCAACCUUCCUCCCCAACUCCAACUCCCUAUCCCCAUCAUAGGGCCCCCUUAGACCUCUCCUUCUCCCCUCCCGCCGAGUAGCCCACGAUUUCAACCCAUCAGCCAGGUCGGGGGCUGCAUGUUGGCUGCCUUCCCUUAGGAAGGGCCUUGGCAGAGAAGAAGGAAGAAGGAAGGGCUUUGGAAGGAAUGGCGGGGGAGUUAUUCUGAGAGCCCCUUCCCUCAAAGUCAUAGGGGAUGGCAUCCACAUCUGCCAGGAAUGGGGAGAAAAAGGACAGCUGGUCACCUCAAGCUGCAGCCUCCUUAGGUGGAGGGCAGAAAGUCUCAUUAUCCCGUUCAGAAGAAUUCCUGACCCGUAUCAGCGCAGAACUUACAGAUGAAGCCCUGUUUAUUGCUCGCUCCCACGUGAACUCUGUGCCCAUCAAGGAAAAGCAAAUGAAAGACCAAGGGACUCAGAUAUCUAGACAUGUGUUCUUCACUAAGACCCGUGGCACAGACACCCGCUCUGACAGAAAUCGCACCCGCACCAAGGCACACCUCCUGCCAUCUCCUCGUGAAAAGGGAGUGCUCCCCAACAGCCUGACGACUGGAGGAUGAACUUGAACCUCCUAGUGCUGCUCUCUCGGCCUCCUGCCCUCCCCACUUUGCCCCUCAGUGAAAGCCCCGAAGCCCCUCUUUUGCAACUGGCUGAACAGCUCGUCUCGGGAGGAACUCCUGGUCAUCAGCGCGCCACCUUUGAAACCAACGAUGUCUUCUGGACCUGUUGCAAGACUCCACCUUCCACGGGCAAUCACACUACUGAGGAGAAAAGUUUUAAUAAAGAGCCAGGGAUCCUCCCUUCCCCCAAAUA